AUGUCUCCAGCAGCCCUCCUCCCCGAAGACCAAGCGGUCGCGACCCUCCGCGCUGACCUCUGUUCCGAAACCGUACCCCUCGCCAAACGCUUCCGCGCUUUAUUCUCCCUCAAGCAUCUCGCUGCGCAAAAGCCUGCGACACCUCAGACGAUCCCCGCGAUUGAAGCUAUCGCCGCAGCACUCACAUCCCCAUCCGCCUUACUGAAGCACGAGCUUGCGUACUGCUUGGGGCAGUCAGGGAAAGAUGAAGCAAUUCCGUACUUGCGGGCGGUGAUUGAGGAUCGCGGCGAGGAUGCGAUGUGCCGACAUGAAGCAGCGGAGGCGAUUGGAGCGUUGGGGGAUGUGAAGAGUUUGGGCUUGUUGAGGGAGAGGAGGGAUGAUAACACAGAGGAGGAGGUUGUGAGGGAGACGUGUGAUAUUGCGAUUGAGAGGAUUGAGUGGGAGCAUUCGGAGGAGGGAAGGGUGGAGAAGUUGAAGCAGAGCGACUUUGCAUCGAUAGAUCCCGCGCCUCCCAUGGCUGAGCAGAAUGACACACGUUCCAUACCCGCCCUCGAAUCCACGCUACUCGACACGAAACUCCCUCUAUUCAAGCGCUACCGAGCCAUGUUCGCACUCAGAGACCUCGCCUCUCCUCCCGACCUCCCAACUGCCGUACCUGCAAUCCAAGCGCUCGCUGCAGGAUUCAAGGACCCUUCUGCUCUAUUUCGACACGAGAUCGCAUUCGUCUUCGGCCAGCUCUCACACCCAGCAUCCAUCCCCAGUCUAGUGGAGACGCUGAGCGAUGUCAAAGAGGCAAGCAUGGUUCGACAUGAAGCUGCAGAGGCGCUGGGAAGCUUAGGCGAAGAAGAGGGCGUGGAGGAUGUGUUGAAGAAGUUUCUCGAUGAUCCAGAGCAAGUCGUGAGAGACAGCAUCAUUGUGGCGUUGGAUAUGGCCGAGUUUGAGCGCAACGGCGAGAUGGAGUAUGCCACAAUUCCAGUGGCACAGGCACAAGAGGCUGCAGCAUAG